AUGUCAUAUGCUGCUGGAACAAUAGUUUACGCCAAACUUAAGGGAUAUCCCUGGUGGCCAGCACGAGUUGAAGUUGAGUCCUCUCUACCUUCAAACGUGCUUUCGAAAAAGCCAAAAGGACCAAAACCAAUAUAUGGCGUGAGAUUUUAUGGGACCAGAGAUUAUGGGUGGUUUGGAAAUAAUGAUCUUAGACCAUUUGAUAAGAAAGAAGCUGAAGUAUCAUUGCAAAAGAUGAAAAGUAAAAAACGGGACAAAUUGCUGGAGAGAUCAAUUCGUGAGGCUUUGGACCCAGCAUCGUUUGAAGAUCCUAUGGAUGAAGACGCCGAAGAAGGAGCAGCGACGGAGGAUGACGCUGAGAUGGAAGAAGAAAGUAAAAAAUCUAAUGAGUCUGAUGACGACAUAGAGUAUGAAAAAAAAUCCAAGUCCCGUGGUAAAGGCAUCAAAAAACCAAAAAAACCUACUUCUCCAAAAGCUUCGGAACGUCGUAAAAAGUCACCGGGAAGCACAAAGUCUAAGAGAAAGGAUCGUGUUUAUUCCUCUGGUGAUGAAGAAACAUUAGGCCAUAGUGGAAAAAUAGGAAAGAAACGUAGAACAAACGACGGAUCGAACAUGGACAAAUCCUCGAGGCGCAGAAAGAAAUUUGAUUACACUGAUGAUGAGAUGGAGUUAGACGAACCAAGUCCCGAAGAACGAAAACAAAAUUUAAAGAAUAGGGGCGUAUCUAGGAGCGAAGGUUCAAAGUCGCCGGGAAAAUCUGAUAACGGUUCCCCCGGAGGUGAAGAAGAAAACAAACAGAUAACGACCGACGAUAACAGUAAGACGAGCAAACUAGAUUCGGAGGGUCAAUCUCGUUCUACAAAGUCGCGUCAAACGAAACCUCCCUCCGCCAAGUUGCUUCACUUGAGGCAUAAGGUUCAGAAAUUGGUGUUAAAAAAUCCCGAAUUUGAGAAAUUGGACAAGUCAAAGGUUGACGAGUUAUUCACCGAAGUCGAAAAUUUUCCCGUUACCGUUCCGUUAUUAAAGGAGAGCAAAAUCGGCAAGGUUAUGAGAAAAAUUGCAGAGCUAAAAAUCGAACCCGAUAAUUAUAAUAUUGUAGGUAGAAGCGAGGAGCUGAUCAAGAAGUGGAAAUGUUUAUUGGACACACAAACUCAGGAAGGUACUGAAGAGGAGGCUUCGCCGAAGAUGCCUCAUAUGGAAGGGGAAUCUCCUCAGAAUGAAGAUGCAGUCAAGCUUGAAGAAAGCAACCAAACCACAAAAGUCGAAAGUCAAUCCGAUGUUAAAAAAGGAAAGGAUGGUGCCGAGAGUAAUGAAGGUAAUUUAUCCAAAGAGAUAUCUUCUAUGGACUUGGAUCCAGUUGAAUCCCGUGUGGAAGAUGAAAAACGCGUCACUGGUGAUAACGUCACGAACGAAUCGCCAUCUGUCGCUAACAGUCAAGGUGGGCCUACUAACGAGAGUGAAGUUCAUGCUAAAACUGAAUUGUGA